AUGAGCUACCCAUACGGAGGUUACAACCCCGUCUUCGGCCGUGAUCCCGGCACCACCCGCACCCUUCCGCCGGGCUACUUCCCUGUAGCCGGCAUCCCCGACUGGGCCGUCUGCUACCAGCCCUACUUCCCCGCUCCGCCACCAUACGCCCCCGCAGCACCGGCACCGGCACCCGGUCCCAUCCUCGGCACCACCUUCGCCGUCGACGCCAAUGGCCAGCUCUACCAGUACAUCUCGGGCCUCAACGGCUCGGGGCGCUUCCCACAGCCCCCGCCGGUCAUCGACCCGGACUUCCCGGCGGCCAACCUGAUCAACAGCACGGGUGGCGCCGGCGCCGAGCCGGGCUACAACUACUUCUUCCCGACCGAACACGCCAAGGUCAUUGUGCUGAAGUGCCCCGUGGCGCCCUGGACGCUGGGGCCGCAAGACCCGAAGGCCUCCAUCCCCUUCCACGCGUGCAUGGUGCCGGCCAACGUCACCAUGGCCGAGCUGCUCGCCGGCUUCGGCGCGACCAACCCGGACAAGGAGAAGAACCAGCUCUGGGAGGUGUACCCGCAGGGCGGCGGGAAGUGGGGGUGGAAGGAGCACUGCAGGGGGGACGACGCCGUCAUGAUGGCGAGGACGGUGCGGGAUAUGGGCUGGGUGGAGAAGAGGGAUGGGGUGCUGCCGACGGUCUAUUUGUGGAUUACCAAGAGUUGA